AAUCAUUGAAUCGGUGCUCUUCUUUGCACGUGAAAGCGAAAUUGAGCAUCUUGCCUUUACAAAACUUUAAUCUUCUUUCUUUCUGUCUUUCUUCCUACCACAUUUCAUCCUUGUUUUUUCAACUUUCUUGUCUAUCUCUCAGUGCUUUCUUUCACCCAACAAGAAGAAAUGGCCGAUGCAAUCCUGUAUGGCGUUGUGCAGAAGAUCAUUGAAAGCUUGGGCUCCUCCACUCUCCAACAAGUUGGAUCAAUCUGGGGUUUCAAAGAUGACCUCGAAAAAAUGUCAAACACUGUUUCCACCAUUCAAGCUGUUCUUGAGGAUGCAGAGGACCAGCAGGUCCAGAGCCGUCAAGUCAGGGACUGGCUUACGAAGCUCAGAGAUGCAGUUUUUGAUGCAGAUGACUUGUUGAGCGAGUUCUCCACUCAUGUGUUGCGGCAAAAUGUGAUGGGUGGUGGUAGAAUGACAAAGAAGGUACGCGAUUUCUUUUCUAGCUCAAAUCAACUUGCUUUUGGUUUAAAGAUGUCUCGCAAAAUAAAGGAUAUGAGGGAGAGGUUUAAUGAUAUAGCAAGGGAUAGGAACAAUUUCCAGUUGGAAAAGCGUCCUUUAGGGACAGCAGUUGUGAUUAGGGGGAGGGACCAGACUCACUCAUUUGUACGUGAAGAAGACGUUAUCGGGAGGGAGGAGGAUAAGAAGGCCAUCAUAGGUCAAUUGUUGGACUUUGAUGUGGGGGAGAACGUUUCGUUCAUAUCCAUAGUAGGAAUUGGGGGGCUAGGGAAGACCACACUUGUUCAAUAUAUAUACAAUGAUGAGAAGGUCAAGGCUUAUUUUGAGUUGCAGAUGUGGGUGUGUGUCUCUGACCAUGACUUUGAUGUGAAAACAAUUGUUGAAAAGAUACUUGCUUCCGCAACCGAUGAAAAACCUCAAAACCUUGAAAUGGAUCAAUUACAAAAAAAACUUCGUGAAAAGCUCAGCCAAAAGAAGUACUUACUCGUGUUGGAUGAUGUGUGGAAUGAGAACAAAGAAAUAUGGUAUAAUUUGAAAACACUUCUGUUGGAUGGCUUAAUGGGAAGUAAGGUGGUGAUAACUACACGGACCAACUUGGUUGCAGAUAUUACUAGCACAAUCUCACCAUAUCUUUUAAAAGGCCUAUCAAAUGAUCAAUCUUGGUUAUUAUUUAAGCAAAUGGCAUUUGAAAAGAAGCCAAAGACCAUCAAUCCUAACCUUGAAGCAAUUGGAAGGGACAUUGUAGAAAAAUGUUGUGGUGUGCCUCUUGCUAUAAAGACAAUAGGAAGAGUAUUAUACUUUAAAAAAACAGGAGUUGAAUGGUCAUAUAUUAAGAAUAAUGAACUCAUGAAUGUAACUCAAAUAAAAGAUGGUAUUUUGCCUAUUCUAAAAUUGAGUUAUGAUCAUCUCCCAUCACAUUUAAAGUGUUGUUUUGCUUAUUGUUCGUUGUUUCCCAAAGAUCAUUUGAUUAGGAAGGUGGAAUUGAUACAAUUAUGGAUAGCACAAGGAUUUAUCCAGUCACCAGAGGGGGACCAACAAUUAGAGGACAUUGCCAAUGAGUACUUUGAGGAUCUAUUGUGGAGGUCCUUCUUCCAAGUAGUAGAAGAAGACAAAGGCAUGUUUAUGAACUUUAAAAUGCAUGACUUAAUCCAUGAUCUUGCACUGUCGAUUUCAAGUAUUGAGUGUACAUUGGUUAAUUCUAAUGCAAAACAUGUCAACGAAAAAGUUCGUCAUGUAUCAUUCUCAUUUUACAAUGAUUCAUUCUUUGGAGAGAAUUUAAACUCAUUGGUUAAUGCAAAAAAGAUACGAACAUUCAUUUUGACAUCCCAUAAAUGGAACCUUCCAGUGCAAGUGGAAGAAUCAACUCUCAGAAAACUUAUUUCUGCAUUUGAAUAUAUCCGUGCAUUAGAUCUACACGGCUUAAACAUUAAGACGUUGCCAAAUAUCAUAGGUGAGUUGAUGCAUCUAAAGUACCUUGACCUUUCCAAUAAUGAUAUUGAGGUUCUCCCUGAUUCUAUUACGAGAUUGGUGAAUCUGCACACAUUGAAACUCGAAUUUUGUUUUAGACUUAAGGAGUUACCAACAGACAUUCAAAAAUUGGUUAGCCUCAAGCAUCUUGUUAUACAUUCAUGUUCCGAAUUGACUCAUAUGCCAUAUGGAAUUGGGCAGUUGACUUCUCUUCAAACAUUAUCCUUUUUUGUUGUUAGUAAGGACCCCACAGGUUCCUCCAAGCACCAUGGUGGACUAACAGAAUUGAACAAGCUAAAUGAUUUGAGAGGAAAAAUACAGAUUGAAAAUUUGGAAUUGGUGAAAGAUGCUAUCUCAGAAACAAAGGCCGCAAACUUGAAGGAGAAGCAGCAUCUCAGUGACUUGUAUUUAAGUUGGAAUUCUAGGGUUGAUGAUGUUAUCAACGCUGGUGAUGAUGAAAAUUUGUUAGAUGGCCUACAACCACCCCAAAAUUUAAAAUAUUUGUUUGUAGUAGGGUACGGGGGUGUGAGAUUUUCAAUUUGGCUUUCUUCGCUAACAAAUCUUACUGAAUUAUAUAUACACUGUUGCAAUAAAUGCCAACAUUUGCCACCAUUGUAUCGACUCCCAUCUCUUCGAGAGAUAUCUCUUAUGGAAAUGCAUAUUCUAGAGUAUAUAUCAGACUUGGAUAUCACCAAUGAAGUCUCUGCUUCAUCAUUGACAACAUUUUUCCCAUCCCUAGAGUCACUUGCGCUACAAAAAUGUCCUAAUCUAAAGGGAUGGUGGAAGAGGGAUAUUGUUGAUAACAGCAAUGCAACAAUAAUGACAUCCACAUCAUCAUGGAGUCAUCAAUAUCGCCAACACAUGUCACUGCCUUCCUUUCCCUGUCUUUCUAACCUGCGUAUAAAUGAUUGUAGUAAGUUGACUUCCAUGCCGCUGUUUCCAUAUCUCGAAGAAGUGCUUUAUUUGGGAAGGGUUAGCUGGAAGGCAUUGCAGCAAGCAAUGGCGAUGAUGAUGAAUACGGCAGGAGCUUCUUCACUUCCCUCCUCCAUCCCUCCUCUCUCCAAAUUAAGGAAAUUGGUUUUGUGGGAGAUGCCAGACAAAGAGCCUCUGCCAGAGGAGUGGCUUCAAAACCUAACUUCUCUCGAGGAAUUAGAAAUUGGGGGGUGCUCUACAUCUCUGUCUCAAAUUCUGAGACAUCUCACCUCUCUUAAGGAGUUGAGCAUUGAGGACUGCGAGGAAGUUGAUCUAUUUAGUGAUGCGGACGAUGAUGGUACAAAAUUUCAACAUGUUAAGUGCCUUCAGUCUCUGUCUUUCAUAAAAAUUUCUAAACUCGAGUCUCUUCCUGCAUAUCUUCAAUCCGCUACUAUUCUCCGAAACCUCUCGAUUGUCAAAUGUCCAAGCUUGAUGACUUUACCAGAAUGGAUCGGCAACCUCACAUCACUUCAAAACCUUGAAAUUAAAGAUUGCCCUAAUUUGACAUCCCUUCCUGAAGGGAUGCAUCGCCUCACCUUGUUACAGUCCGUGAGGAUCUAUAAAUGUCCCCACUUAGAGCAAAGGUGUCAGAAGGAAAUUGGGGAGGAUUGGAAAAAGAUUGCCCACGUCCCAAAAUAUUCCAAUAAUCCUUGGAUGUAUUAAUGAUAAAGUCAAAAUUCAGACUUGGCAAACGAGCUGUUGCUGUGGGACUCGUUGAUAUUGGAGUAACAUUGUGUUGGCGAGCCUAAAAUUUCUGAUGUCCCAAAAUAUUCCAACAAAUUUCGGGUUUAACUAUAGAUAUGCUUCCACUAGAAUUUCAGAAGCAAACUACAAAGAUGAGUCAAGGGGUUGCCCAAAAUUGCUCACGUUUGGAGCGGAUGCAUCUGAUCAAACAUCAAUUCUUUUCGGAAUAAGUUUAAUAAUUGACCUCAAAUCUUUAUACAAACAGCAAUUCCAUUGUUUGUCCUCCGGCUCUUUCUUGUCCUCCAAUGAGAAUAAAUGUUUGAGUAGACUUGAAGAAGCAAUUAAAGCCUAGAAAAAGCUUGGGUCUUAUAAUUAGUUCUUGUUGAACGCUUUUGGCCUCUGCAAUUUUCAAAAUUGCAUAAAGCCACAAAGAGAUUGACAUGUGCGAUGCUAGCCGCAUGGUUCCUACAUUCCAAGUGCUGUGCUGAAGAUGAAACUUGAUCUUGAUCCAAGCAAAGGGGGAACUUGGAAGGCCUGAGUUCUAUUUCGAAUAUGGAGAAUAUCCCGAACAGCUUUAUUUUUAGGAGGGUGAUACUUGGGAUGUUCAAACACUACUUUCUGGAGCAUCAGUCUUUUGUUCAUAUCAGAAUAUUGCUAAGCUUGAUAACUUUACCGGAAUGGAUCGGCAGCCUCACAUCACUUUAAAACCUUGUAAUUGACGAUUGCCCCAAUCUGACAUCACUUCCCGAAGAAAUGAGUCGCCUCACCUCUUUACAGAUAAUAAGCAUCAUUGGUAGCCCCCAUUUGGAGAAAAUAUGCCAAAAGAAUAAGAUUGCUGUAAUCUUCUCCCUUACUCCGAUAUGAUAAAUCAAUCUGAAUUGUUCUUGUCUAUUGAAAAAGAAAAGAAUAAACUCUAUUGACCCAUAUAUAGAAGCAAUUGAAACCUUGGAAAAAAGCCUGGGUCUCAUUAUC